AUGGAGCUGCUUCUUCUGGUGUUUUUCUGUCUCCUGACUGGCUCUGAAGUAACGUUUGGUGCUGAAAACGAGCCAGAAGUCAUCCCAGCGAAAGAAGGAAGUGACGUCAUUUUACCCUGUUCACUCAGCAGCAGACAGAGUAUUUCACGCGAGAAGUUUGUGUGGAGGAAAGAUGGUCGUCAGGUGUUCCAGUUUAAUGCUGGAGAUCAUUCUAAUCACAUUAAUACAGGUCAAGAUCAGCAGUUCAAAGGACGAGUCUCACAUUUUGCAAAUAAACUGAGGUCAGGCGACGCCUCCAUAACCAUCAGAGAUACGAAGGUGGCUGACACUGGAAACUACACCUGUGAAUUUCCCAAUCUUCAGCCAAGUCAAACAUUCUACGUGAAUCUUCUUGUUCUUGCUGAAGCACGGCUGUCUGUCACGAUAAUUAAUCAAACAAAGGAUGGGAUUCAGCUAUUUUGUGAAGUUCGAGGAGCUUUUCCAAAACCUGAAUUACACUGGCAGGACGGAGAGGGACACAAACUUCCUGUUGAAGUAAUACUGGAGUCAGACAGAGGAGGAAUCUACGAGAUCACCCUCCAAACUAUUGUGACCAAGGCCGACUACUAUCGCUGUGUUGCUACACAGAACGAAAUCCACUAUCAGGCUUAUGCUGAGACAUACGUGCAUUUCCCUGGGCUCACAGCUGGGCAGAUUGCUGGUAUAGUUAUCGCUGUUAUUGUUGUUGUUGCUGUUGUUCUCAUUGUGUACAAACAGUGGGUUUUUAUGAAAGGCUGAACCCCCGUGAUGAUGAAACAACCGGACUGCUAACUGAGAAAACAGACGGAGGUGAUGAUGAUGAAACCAGUAUACCAUUCAAGCCUUUAAAUGGAAACCAGCCAACAACUGUAGUUUCUGCAGUCUGACAACGUGCCUUGCAGUGAGCAGGACCAGUAUGGAGCUGUAUAAACUGCAGUCACAUUUACUUUCUGUAUUUGUGCUGUUCACAUUUAUUUUAUUUUUUUAGUUAACAAAUGUUAUAUCAACUGGAAUUAAUCACUGUUACUGCUUGACAUGAAUUUAAGUUGUAUGGGCAACAAUAUGAUGUAAAGUAUAACAGGUUAGGGUUAGGGUUAUACAGUGUUUAUGAUCUGCAGAACUAAGGAAGAUAAACAUAUGGCUUUUCCUGACUUUUAACUGUCAGGUAAUGUUCUGAAUAUCUGCACUGUAGUGAAAUAUCUUGGACACGUGAUCACAGACCAGAUGACAGAUGACGAGGACAUUUAUCAUCAGUGUCGUAUGUUGUAUGUGCAAGCAAAUGUAUUGUCACGUAAAUUCAGUUGUUGCACUGAUGGAGUGAAGCUGACUCUGUUUAAAGCUUAUUGUUCUCAUUUGUACACUGCACAUCUGUGGUUGAAGUAUAAAAAAUCGAGCCUUCAGAGACUACAAGUGGCUUUUAAUGACGCUCUGAGAUUAGUGUUAAAAAGGCCCAGAUGGACCAGCGCUACUGAAAUGUUUGUGACUGCUCGAGUAAACACUCUGUAAUCUGUUUUGAGAAACUUAAUGUAUAUGUUUAUUUGCUGGUUGAAUGAUUCUGAAAAUGAAAUUGUUUUGGUACUGGUAAAUAUUGUGUAGAGUGCAACACGCUGCACGUCUCAGCUUUGGGAGCACUGGUAUAAGUGCCUUUUAAAAAUAGGUCACUAGGGUGUUUUUUAUUGUGUUUUUAAUUUUUUUAU